GACUGUUUGUCCGUAUGUGUAUUCAUAAACAGGGUGUAUGCACAGCUGUGACUGCAUGAGAGGGGAUCAUAGUCAAAGUGUUGCAGCAGCCUGUAGCAGCUUGUAUUUUCUCAGCAGCACAGAGAUCACAUUGAAUCAUCUGAGGCCUUGACUCAAACUGUCAAACACAGACACUUGUUGUUUUUCCCAUUGGUUCAGCCAGCUGAAGUUUGGAGACUACAUAAGACAGGCCGACUCUACCACUGUACCUUUGUGAAGAUGUGUAAGUGGACAAUGAGGGUUGUUGUUGGUUUGCUGUUGUUGCUGCUGGCUCUGUGUGGGUCAGGGGCUCAGGGGAAGGGUGGAGGCCUCAGACAGGUGGGUGAGAUCGGCCAAUUGGAGACAGCUCCAAGAGAUGCAGCUGAGGAAUCAGCUGAGUCAACCACAGAGCAAACCACCCCUGACAUCUGGGCGGAGGUGAGGGCACUGAGAGACAUGGUGGUGGAGCUCAAGGUGGAGCUGAGGAACAUGGAGGCCAGAGUGAAGGACAGUGAGAGCCAGGUGAAUGACCUGAAAGCUGAGCUGAUGGUCACCAAGGUGCACGUGGAGCUGCUGCAGAGAGAGAACUCUGACUUACAGACCAGACUGAGCAGCAGUGAGAGUGAACUUCUCCUCAGCAAGUGCAGGAUUGACCAGCUGGAGAGAGAAAAUGCAGUCCAAGCCACAGACCUGAUAUCUUUGGAAACUAGACUGACUGCCACCGAGAGCAAAACAAGUGACCUAGAAAAAGAGACUGCAGACUUACAGACCAGACUGAGCAGCAGUGAGAGUGAACUUCUCCUCAGCAAGUCCAGGAUUGACCAGCUGGAGAGAGCAAAUACAGAGAGACCAAAGGUGGCCUUUUACACAGCUCUGACUGAUGCAGGAACUCUUGGACCAUACAACACAGACAUCACACUGAAAUACAGCAAAGUCUUCACCAACAUUGGCAAUGCUUACAAUCCAGCUACAGGUUUCUUCACAGCACCAGUCAAAGGGGUCUACUAUCUCCAGUUCACUGUGUGUGGUAACCUUCAGGGUUAUAUGGGUGUACAAUUGUACAAGAACAACCAGCAAAUUAUGCAUAAUGAAGAGCGGAAGGAAGAAGGAGGUGCUGAGUAUUUGACUAACUCUGUUGUCUUGGAGCUGAAGACAGGAGAUGAAAUUCACCUGGUUCUCCCAUCAGGCCGUUCUGUCGUUGACAGUCCAAAUAACCACAGCACCUUCAGUGGCUCUCUUCUCUUCACACUGUAAAGAUGUUGUUCAGGCUGAUGUGUGAUUGACUUGUCACAAACUCUGUUGUUAUUGAAUACACUGUGAUUCUUUAGAAGACGCUGAUAUAUCUCUGCACUGCUGCCUCCAAAACAAAUGUCUGUACAUUUACUUCAUAUAUCAUAUCUGAAUCUAAAUUCCCUCUUGUGUCAUCACAUGAAAACAUUUAAGGAAAUCAGAGACUCAUUGAAGUUGUGUCUGCUCUCAUUGUGUUUAGGUCUUCACAGAGAAACUAAGAAUAAACUACACUGAUGUUACAUACUG